CGACGAAGGAUACGAACGGGAUGUAAACAAAUUUAUCUCCCGAGGUUGUAUAACCUUCACUAGUCGUGGAGCCUAUGUAAACCAGAUUUAAUGAGGCUAUUUUAACAAUGUCUAAUUGUGUGACUGGUGGUGCCCAUGGUUCCCAUUUGAAAACAUCAGAUCUGUACUGGACAUAUAAUUUGCCCAAAAGAUUUGACAAUCCAACAUGGUUCUCGGGAUAUGGUGUUCAAGCGGAAUGCCAAAACCCCAUGUAUCGUCGAACAUCCCAGGAUUAUGGUUGGCUGCCACCAAGCAUUCACACGGUGCCUGUGAUAUUCAGACCUCAGGAUGCUACUUUUUCAAACACUUAUGCCAAGUUUGGCAUGUACCGUAACUACUCGCUCAAUGCAACUCCAAACCCCAACUCUUCGAUUCCUUGGACCAGGGGUGCUGCUGAUAAAAAUCGCCAUUCAUCCCUUAUUGCUGUAUUUAAACAACCUGGAUGGUGACAGAGGAAUUUAAUUUUACUGUUCUUCUUUAAGGUGAUUCAUGUUUUAAUUUGAUCCUUGUUAUUUUUUUUCAAGUGCUUUCCAAAGCUUAUUUUACUUGAUGAACUGAUUUUGGCUGCUGUAUUUUAUCUGUAGUAGUUUAAUGAUUUUAUUCCAUCCAGUCAUUAGAUAUAUUAUUUAUCUAAUUUAGAAGACUGUGUUGCAGCCUCAUAGUUUUUAAUGCCUUGUUUUAAACAAUGAGGAGGAAGGCCCUCCCUGUGAUUAUGCCUCUGUUGUGUUGUUUGUCCUAUGACAAGUGUAAUAUCGUUUCCUGUUUUGUUUUGUGUUAUUUAUGAAACAUCCCAUUUAUUGGUUUUUUGCUCCUGUGAAGUUGGCAUCCAACAAGGUCAUCUCAACCUGUGUACCAGGCAGGACUGGGAAUGAUUUUAUUGUUUUAAAAUAAUGUUAGAACCAUAGCUAAGCUAGAGUCAUAUAUAUGUGACUAUAUAUGGCCAUAGAAGACCUUAGCCAGCCUGCUGCUUGUUGGGUUGCCUAACCUGGGGUCCUCCCUGCAUCCCGGCCAGCUGGGUAGGAAACCCAACAAACGCGGAGAAAAUUUGGUUGCAUACGACAGCGGACCAAGAGCGACCAAGAACCCUUAUUUUUCAAUCUUUCUACCCUGCAACUUGUGUGUUCUAUUACUGUAACGGUUCUGUGUUUUUUGUUCCUGCCUUGUGGCACACUGUAGUAGAAGUAGCUGAUCCGCGAAAUGGU